AGCCACCCAAUAUUCAAAUAGACAAAGUCUAUAAACUCUCUCCUGCCUUAGACCUGUUUUGUAGCUCUCGUAGAAUUUGAAAUCCAAAAAAGACGACGCAACAGACGCGACCGGCAAAUACACACAUGGGCGGCUACUUCUCGUCCUUCUUCAAGGGCCUUCUAGGGACGAAAGAGAUUAGAAUACUCAUUCUAGGGCUAGAUGGAGCCGGCAAGACAACCAUUCUCUACAAGCUCUCUAUAGGUGAAGUUGUCGAUACGGUCCCCACGAUUGGCUUCAACGUCGAAACCGUCACCUACAAGAAUCUCAAAUUCAAUGUAUGGGAUCUCGGUGGCCAAUCGAGUAUUCGGCCUUACUGGCGGUGCUACUACGCUGAUACACAAGCCGUCAUCUAUGUGAUUGAUGCAGCGGAUACAGAUCGCAUCUCCAUUGCAGGUGAAGAACUGGCAGCCAUGUUGGGAGAAGAAGAACUGGCAGAGGCAAACUUGUUGGUGUUUGCGAAUAAGCAGGAUCAGCAAGGCGCGUUGACGCCUGCUGAAGUCACGACGCGGUUGGGAUUACAUUUGCUCAAGGAUCGGAAUUGGCGGAUUGAAGGGUGUAGUGCCAUUGAAGGGACAGGACUGGCAGAGGGUCUUGAUUGGUUGGUAACGGUGAUGAAGGAGGGAGGCUGAAGGGCUUCUUCUAUGGCCCCAAAUUAUCUGCAUCCCUCUUCUAG